GCCUAGCAACCUUAUCCCGCAGACGACUUCAAUUGGAUUUUUAUUUUGGAAAUUCUCUAAUUUUGUGUUCGUUUUUCGGUACUCACGUGUCCCAAAUACCCGAAAAAGUUACAAAAUGAGAUAUGCCCAGAUUGUUAUUGGUCCAGCCGGUAGUGGAAAGUCUACAUACUGUGCUGAGAUCCAGCGACAUGGACAAGCCACCCGACGAAAUAUACACAUUGUCAAUUUGGAUCCUGCAGCUGAGGCCUUUGAUUACAAGCCGGAGAUCGAUAUCCGUGAUCUUAUCCACGUCGAUGACGCGAUGGAAGACGAAGAAAUGCAUUUUGGACCAAAUGGCGGUCUCGUUUUUUGCAUGGAGUUCCUUCUAGAGAACUUACCGUGGCUAGAGGAUCAACUUGGAGAUGAUGACGAUGACUAUUAUAUUUUCGAUUGCCCUGGCCAAAUUGAGUUAUAUACGCACCUAAACGUUAUGAAGAAACUGAUGGAGGCAUUAGAAUCGUGGAACUUCAGAUUGUGCGCUGUGUUCCUCUUAGAUAGUCAUUUUAUGGUAAAUUCUGCAUCGUUCAUAUCAGGAGCGAUGGCAGCUCUAAGUGCAAUGACCUGCCUUGAAGUAUCUUUUGUUAAUGUUCUGAGCAAAAUUGAUCUACUCAGCAGAGAAAGCCGAAAGCAGUUAGAUAGGUUUUUGGAGCCAGACGCAAAAGAUUUGUGCGCAGAUGAAUCAUCUCCGAUUUAUUCAAAAUGGCGAGAACGGCAUCGAUAUCUUACGGAAGCGAUUGGCCGGGUUUUGGAGGAUUACUCUCUAGUCAAGUUCGUACCCCUUAACAUUAGAGACGAAGAAAGUCUUGCGAACAUUUUGUUCACGGUAGACAACUGCAUUCAAUAUGGAGAAGACAGGGAUGUUAAAAUGGAAGAUUUCGAUCCUCCCGAGGACGAAGAAGAGGGCAAUGAUGAUGGUUACGAAGAAGGAAGGGGAUAAUUUAAUUUAAUACUUGUUACAUUUUCUAAAGAAAAAUACAAAAGUCCCAUUUUGGAAUCCGU